AUGAAAAGAGACAAGGAACCUCACAAUGAAAAAUAUCGCGUUGAAUAUCACAUAAACAACAACAGCACAGAUGUUCUGAAUAUGAUGGAUGGUUUAUCUAUGGAGCCAGAGAGGGAGGAGGAAGGCGACAGGUGUGUUUAUAUCAAUCCCAGAUCAGUAGUUAUCGCAGAAUCUACGUGAAUGGAUCGGAUUAAGGAUUUUAUUUUGAGGUAUCACUAUGAAAGACAAAGCUUAUUUGAGCUAGGGUGUCUAAGGUAGCGGAAGGACAGCGGAGGUGUGCGGGCAUCCAAGGACCACGCCCACCCCUAAACCACUUCUCUUGAUAAAUAUGAUUACAACAAAACUGAACACAAGGCUGGAAACACUGCAGAGGGAUCGUUAACUGAUUUGGCCUUAAAUAAAUCAGCUCACUGCCGUAUUGCCAGCCUUGCAUUCAGUUUCGUUUUAAUUCCCACUUCAAGUAACGUCUGGCAUUAGCAUCUCUACAUUAGAGGACGGUCAAGAAAGAACCAGUUGGAUUAUUUACACGUCGAGUGGACCUCUGCAUUCAAGGGGUUUUACUAUGGUUACUAUAUUUUAACAACAGGAAGUUAUAAAGUUAAGAGUAAAGCAAGAUAGCCCUUUUUUUCUUGCUUGAAUUUUCCUCUUCACUGUACUGAGGUUGCAUUUUGUGUGUUUCCCUUCGAGGUUUAUUGUGGAAUGCAUGAUCCUCUUAGGCCUCAAACGUUCACUGCUACAAUAAAGAUAUAUAACUUUUAGAACAAUCAGUCUUUCUAACAUUUUGUCGGUAAACCCUCGAGUAACAAGUGAGAAAAAUACGAGUAUAGCUCCUCUUUUCCAGUUCAUGAUCGACUCGCAUCUUUAAUCUCUUUCUCUCUAUAAACUCGGAAUUGAGCUGCUCUAUGGAUUUGAUUACAUCUAUUUGCAGUGUUAUUCCAACACUUGUCUUAUAUUCUACAGCUACUGUGAAAGGAGAACUGCCGAUCUGUCAGUUCGCAACCCAAAUGUCGACAAGGAAGCCAGAAAUUCAGUGGUCGAAGAAUCCAGGUAAUCAGCCAGGCUCCUGAGGUGAUCAAACUUCCCUCAUGUUAACUAUUUUGUUAUUUUCUCGGGUAAAGCUAAUCUAUUUUUCGUUCUUUUUAUCGCAAAGCAGUUAUGAAAAAUCCACUGAUAACGUUCUAUAUGUCAGGUAGGAUAUUUCCCAAGAAAGAAUUAUUUAUAAUUCAAAACUUAUUAAUAAUUCAUAAAGAAAAAACAAAAGAAAUCUAUGUUUAAUUAGUGUCUAUAUGUCUAAAUAUUAGUGCAAGAAUGAGUUGAUCUAUUUCAGAGAUUUUGAAGCUGCCCAAAAAAACUCGCAGUCGUGUAUUAUCAGGUUUAAAAACUCUAGGCUUUGCCUCGAGUUUUUAAACCUGAUAACAUACUCCUGUUUGUUUUUUAAACAGUUCUAAAUAAGCUGCUUGUGUUAGUAAUCAGAGGUUUUCUUAUAAGAAAUUAAAGUUACCAGUAGUCUAUUCAAUUCUCUGCUUGCAAAGUCAAAUUAAUGUACGCUAUUUUUCUUUUUGUUCUCAAUUUUGUUCUUUGUACCUAGUGGUUCAGGUGAAGCACAUAUUGCCCUGUCUAAAGAACAGACACCAUCUGAUUACGAAAGGUGAAAACAUCGCUCUGAACUCGUCCAUAGUUAGAUCAUCUAUUUUCUUCAUUCGAAAUCAUUUAAUCAUUUUUUGAAAUUUCAAGUGUUUUAAACCCCUUUGUAACGAGUAUAGGCCAGCAUAUACGAGGUAAUAACUCGUCAGUUUCAAAAAUCAUUGGGUGUCAGCAGCGCAGGAUUGUUUGAACCUGGCACUAGAAUUGUAGUUAAAAAAAGAGCGGAAGGUAAAACAAGUACGUAGUUGUAGCCGUUAAUUUGUGGCAUCGUGAAAGUGACCUGUUUUCAGUUCCAAACUUCCUUUUGAUGGAUUCUUAAUUCCGAAAGAGAGCCGAGUUAAAAAUAUCAUUGCCAAUAAAUAAAAAAUUCAAAGCUUGUGCCUUCCCCCCUAGAUCACGUUCUCGAGCGAAAAAUAAUUUUUUUUUAAGCUUCGUCGUGUGAGGUGUUUCUCUCGUAGACUUCGAGCAUUUUCUUUUUAGUUCUUUCGCCGCGCGUGGCUAUGAGGAAAGAAGGACGACCACUCGCGGUCUAUUUUUCUCGCACAUCCAUGCAUUUAUCCGUAUUUGUGGUUAAAUUAGCCUCAAAGCAUACGUAGGCACAAAGAAGCGAAAAACUGUGACGACUUCUUUAAAGCUGCUAAAAUGUAGGUCCAAAUCACCCUUCCGAUUGCCUGCAAGUACAUUAUCUUUCAAACACUUCACAUUAAUAAUUUUAAUUAUUGUACAUUACAUGACUGAUAUUUGUGUUCAAAUAACACUGAAAACGAAAAUUCUGAUCUUUUUAUUUUCAGACUGGUUUAAGUCUCUGGAUGUGGUGUAUCUGACAUGCAUGUAGAUCGACGAUUCACCUCUGACUGUAGAAGUGCUCAGAGAUGAUCUUUCAGCAAUCGCUCGCCUUGAUUACUUUUAUCGUCCGUUAGUUCCUGCUUAGUUACGAAGCAAUCCUUAGUUGUAACUCCCGUUUGGGAAUCCACCAUUGGCAAGGAACAGAUCCUUUAACUUUUUAUGGCAAAAGCUUCUCUGUCCGACUUGCCAGUGAUCUGUUUUCAGUGUAGCAGGCUUGCAAGCCAACGCUUAGGGCGGUUUUGCAGUGGCUUUUAGUUGCAUUUUUAAUCUUUUUGUAGUUGUAUUAAGUUUUUAUACGAUAAACCUAGAUAAAUAUUAAAUUAUACCUUUCAAUCAUCGUUCUCAAAGCUCUGCGCACUGAGCAGCGGAUCCCGGCGAUCACUGAUUCCUACUCACGUGAUCACAGGUUGGGAGGUGCCAAAUCAGCCUUAAACAAACAAGUACCGCAUCCCGCACGUGGCCGAAAUCCCUUUCUAACGGCUACGUUUUAUUCAGGUGAUGGUCUUUUGAUCAAUGUUAAUUUAGCCUUUCCACAGACCUUUUUCUUUCUUUCUUUUUUUCCUUCACAUUCGACAACGCCGAGCGAAGCGAGAGCGCAUUUAAAAGGAAAGGGGAGUGAUUUCAACAUUCACCUGGUUGAUGCGAGCAAGCAUUUCCUCCCUCCUUCCCCUCCCGAUCUUUUCUUUGAAAUGCAGGCUAAGUGAUGUCAUUCAAUCUGCGCUGUUUAAUAUAUAUCAAACAAUUUGCAUAUUUUUGUCUUGAUCGCGAAAUAGAAAAAGUGGAACGAAGGGGCAGUGAAAUCAUGAGACUAAGAACCUGGUAAGCCUAAACAGAUUCUUAUAUAAAUAGAAAAGAAGAAAGAGAUACCCAGUUAUGUGAGACCCAUAAAAAGAGGAAUGUACUUAAAUUUAAACGCCUGACAGCUUUGUCUCCAAAGAAGAUUCUAAAAUUUAAGUGUACAGAAAAAAAUAAGAACCUGCCCCUGUUUGGGCAUUUCAACACGCCCUGGAAAAAAGCCCUUAACUUUUCUCGACGAUCUCCAUAAAAGAGAAAAUAGAGGUUGUGUGAGCAGGCUAAUGCUAAUUCAUGAUAGCUGGGGAGAAAACAAGAUAAUAUAUAAUGAGGAGGUCACGCCCUUCCGCCAGUACUCCAUUGAUUUCCUGUUAGACUGAGCUACACGCUGGCCUACUCAACCAAUCACAACGGACAUCAAAAGGAAAUGGUUCUACAGUCUGUAAAGUCACACUUUAUACACAAGUGUGAUGUAAGGACGCCAUUGUUUCCAAAAGCAAGAUGUAUAGUUGGCCAGUAUAUAUUCUCGCAUUGUCAUUUGGUUGAGCUUUUCAAGGUCUGACAUCGUUGAAGAUUUUCACGGAGGAAUGUUUGUCCCUUUUUUUUGUUGCUUGUUGUUUAACACAAUAUGGUGUUAUGUUGAAGUAACAGGUAAGAAAAGAUUCCAUUCUGGAAUAACUGCGUAAUUUGUCGAUUCUACCGUCAUAUUCUUGAGAUACUAUUUAGUACUUUUAAGCGAGGACUUUCUAUUGUGUUAUUGUUGUACUUUUCGAAAGGGCUUCCAUGGUUCCAAAGACAUAUUUUCAGAACCUGAGCUUACUCAUACUCAAAAGGAACACUCUCAAUCAACUGAAGAACCGCGUGAGUCCGGAACAUAAAUCAUUCAGUUGUUUGGCAAACAUCAUUUAUACAGACGUUUUUCAAAUUACAACCGAUGAGUGUUACAUACAUUACUAUUACUAAAACUCUCUCCUCCAACAAAAGCUCCCACUUCUAUUGUGAAAGAAUAUCAGAAAGACGUCUCCGUGGAGGGAAGAGGUGGUAGACUGUAAUAAUUCAAGUAUAGCGUUCAUGCAGUGUUAAUGCUUGCCUCCUGAGACAAUACGGGCUAUGUUCUCGUUUUAGUAAUGUACUAAGGAAGAUUUGGCAUACCGUAUAUAAAAUUCAAAGACGAGAAAUCCUUGAAUUUUAGGCAGGGAAAUAUGAGGCGAGAAAACCGCAAAUAUCUUAUAAAAACUCCCACAAAAGGUUUCUGUUGAAAAUAUUUUGCGGUGAAAUUUCUCCCCGGAAACUGAUUUUUUUGUACAACAAAUAUUUUUCCGUCUUGUUGUUUUAUAUGAAAACUGGAUGUGUGCCAGUGCGGACAAAAAUAAUAUAAAUUUCGCUCUGAAAAGAGCUUUGACACUGGCGACCAGGCUUCCGGUAAUCUAAAGCCAUGGAUGUUAUUUUGAGCGAUUAUUAAGGUGGGGAUGGGAAUUUUCGAGCUGCAUGAAGUUUUUGCGCUAUAAAUUUCUUUCGGUCUUAUUUCUUCUCAGAAAGUUUUCCUUUGCAUGAUAAUGGUCCAUCCGUUGGGUGAUAACGUUCAAUCCUGGUUACCAUGUUGAAUAAAAAAGUGUUAAAACCAUAAAUCUUUCACAAAUUAUAACUUGCAAACGUAAGCGGAUGAUAAAGUGGAUUGUAUCAAAACCCUAACCGCUCUUGACCUUUUUAAGCUGAGUGCCUUAUAAUCAUCGGUAAAAAAACUAACUCGUUAUAGAAUGAAAAAGAAAUUCAAUUGCUUCAAGAAACGUUAACCAAGUACAGAAUGAAGAAUUUCAAAUUCGCUCCGACGCCAACAAAAGUGACGAUUUCUGUAAGACCAACUUUAAACUGAAAAGUGGUGCUGAGACUGCUGAGAUCAGUACCUAGUUAACCCGGCCUUAAAACAGUCGAAUAAUACUGUCUUACGGCCUUACGGCCAAUUACUUAAUACUUACGGCUACCUCCCUACAUCGGCCACUUUUCUGGCGCGGACAGUUCAUUUAUAUUGACUCUUGUUUAAUCCUCUCUACAUUAACCACCUCUCUAUAACGGCCACUUUCGUCUGUCCUUGAGCUAACCGUUGUGGAGAAGUUAAACUGCAAUCAACACAAUCCAUAGAGCCAAUCAGCUUCCAGAUGACACAACCUGCUUUGUACCUUGUUUUGUUUUGUCAUUUUUUAAUGUGAUAUUGCCAGGUCAGAAUCACACAUCUACUUUACUCACGUUUUUCCGUUCCAUUUGUCUCAAAUAUUUCCUGAAAAUAGUAUAUAACUUGACUAAUUUUAAUUUGCUACAUUUUAAUAAUUUCACUUCCCCUAACGGCAUUAACCUGUGCGAUCAGGCGAUCGCCAGCGUGCCUUUGAUUUUGUUUCGACCAAAAUAUUUAUAAACUUUGAUACUAAAAUAAAAACCCUAACAUUGAUGCUAAAGGAUGUCGUUUUUAUGAUAAACAUCGCGUGCAAAUCGAGCGCUGACGCCGUGACAACGUGGCCGGGGACUAACGUUUUUUAGCCGUGCACUGAGAUUUGAGACCGGACCUCUGGAGCCAGGCUGUUAAACAAACAUAGUGACGGCAAAAUUAAAAUUAAACAUAAUUCAAGUAUCAUUAUCAGUCAUCUUUUAUUUCUUUUUAAAGAGAUUUGGUGAGGUAAGCAUGAAAAACGAGAAAGACAGAAAGGAAACGUGCAAAAAUCACGUGAUGCGGUUUCUUGCAUGUUUCGGUUGCCCUAAUUAAUUUGAUUUUUAUUUCUUAUUAAUGAUUUUAUGCUAACUUGAUUUACGGCAACAUUUGAUAGGAAGUAUUAGAGCAUAUACGAUUCAUUUGACUUUUUAACUGUGUUACAUUUUUCCCGCCAUUCUCUUAGAAAGUCCCGUAUGGCCCUCGGGCUCAUACGCCCUUCCAAUGACGGAUACGGGAUGUCCCGAAGAUAAAAAGUUUUCCUGGUAUACGGGACUUCGAAUUGAGGAACUAGAAAAUAAUCAGAACGGAAACAAGCAUUCAGCAAGUAUCCACUCGAUGUCAAAGAUAGAAACAUCUUAUAUAAAACGUUAUUUCUGUGUUAAAAAUGAUACUGAGACAGAUGAAAGCCGGCCCAAGUGGCCUGAUGGGACAUACUGUAUCUAUAAAAAGGGAUAUUUUUGUCCACAAGGAUUUCAUGAGGGAUAUGUCCUCUGGGAUGAUAACAACGGCAUAAACGGGACUAAUAGCAAUACCAGGAAAGGGUUACUUCCUGAGGGAGUCUACAAUCAAGAUACCCUGAUAUAUUUCUGCUGUAAGAAAACUGGAUCUGCCAUGAAGAGAAUAUCACUUCCAGUCAAUACACCAUUUUAUUUGCUGGCAUUUGAGGCGGCCACCUGUCAAGAGGUCGAGGGCGCUGUUUAUUCACUGGAGUAUAUUGUUUUUGAUACUGAAGAUACUAAUAACCAAGAUGCUCGGUUUUACCCUUAUCCUUAUGCAGCUCAUCGAAGAGAUCCCACAAUUUACUACUGCUACUAUAGAGGUGAGUUUUUUAAUGAGAAGAGCUGAGUUCUACUUUACGAGCUUUUUCGUUUUGGGUUUUUUGCCCUAAGCUGUAAUUAUCAAUAACCUAACAUGUACUUAUUAGAGAGGGGGAGGGGGGGGAGUACUUGGGUUAAUUUUAGCUUGAUAUGUGCCGCUGGCCUCUGGCCUCUCCCCUACCCCAUUAUAGUCUACUCUGUGGCCAAUUAUAGACCCCAUCUUAGUCACUUGGGCAAAUAUGUAAUUUUCGCGAUCCCAACUUAGUCACUUUCUAUUUAUAUUUAUAUAUCUACCUUAUCAAUGUUUUAAAUAGGUCAUCCUAAAAUGAAUUGACCCAUUUUUUAAAUUGAAUGAAGAACACUUUACCUUUCACCUGCAGUACAAAGAUUCUGGUACGUUUGCUAAACGUAAAUAUGAAGAUUUUUCUUACCCAAAAAUCCGAAAAUGUGCGACUCCAUUAUAGUCAAUCCAUUUGUGAAAAGGCGACCCACAUCCAGCGGCACAUCCCCAUUAGCCUCUUUUAAGGAAGUACCCCCCCCCAACCGGAGCUCCUCAGGCUUUGUUCCGAUCGCUGACUGAACAAGCCCUAUAGUUUUCCGUAUUGAAAGGUUCCUCUUAUGUAAGGUUCGAGGUCCAAUCUCAACCCUAUGACUCCAGAGCACUCGCACAAAAAUUCGUUAGACGUUAGUACCUAUGUAUGUUUUUAUGCUGAUACCGAUCACCACUGAGAAGACCUUAUUGAAGUUGCUCUGGACCGGAGGGGAUCUAAAAUGUACAACAUACAACUUCCAACGCAACAAUUCUUGGCACCAAAUCCGUGCACUUAACAAAAGUGUUCAAAAAAAUGGUGGAUUUUGGGCUUAGUAAGUUUUUUCUUCCUCAGAAUGUAAAUGGCAUUUGGGUCAGUCAAGGGGAACAUUUGCCUCGCCAUAUUUCCCCGACAACUAUCACGACUAUCAAGACUGUCAAUGGAACAUUACGGUACUCAAAGGUCGUGUGAUAAGGUUAAAAUUCGACGUUUUUGAGCUGGAGUCCACCCCCUUCUCUUGCGGAGGUGGUCAGUGCAGUUGUGACUACGUGGAAGUCAAAGAAGAGUCCACCCUUGGUGACACGACAGUUCUUGGUAGAUACUGCAUGAUGGCUACACCACCCAAUAUUAUAGAGUCAUCGACAAACAGACUGAUCGUGACGUUUCACUCAGAUCACGCAAUAUCAGCGAAAGGGUUCAAUGCAUCGUAUACGACAAUAGCAUCGAUCACAGGUAACAGCUUACAUUUAAUUACUGAGAUCUCCCAGCGCACUUAUGCUCGUACCGUACCUACCGGCCGUGCAGGGGGUGCGUGGGCGCUUAGCAAAUGGUUAUGCAUACAAGGCGCGAGAUAGGAAUUUUGUGAAGCAUUUAAAAAUCUUUUUCGAGUAAGGGUAACCUAGUCUUCAACGACAACAAUCAAAAAUAGUUUGUAUAGUUUUCUCAUGGUGGGUAAUCCAAAAAAUUCCGGGUUCCUGCAUUAUUCCUGUUUAAGCUUAUUGCCAUUUUAAAAACAGGAACACAGAAUUUAUUUUGAUGAAAUCAUAUUUCAAUAUAUAGAUAUUUUCCGCUUUAUCUCGCUCUGACAAUAUGAUUAUUUGGGAAGAAGGCAGAACACAGAAUGUUACCUUUUCUUUAGAAAAAACAAAUGUUGUCUUUAAUUCAAAUUCCAUUUCUGUGCAAUUAAGAUAGUAAUACAAGGAUGUCCAGGACACCUUCUUCAUCAGCUGUAAUGAGCAUGCGUAGCUCAAGCAGAAGGUGGGUGAAGGGAGUCUUUACAACAGGAACUGAAGAAGCACCAACCGGAUACAAAACAACGGGUAGAGCGCGAAACAACGUUACUAUAGCAACAAAAAGUCUGUUCACCCGUGGAUCUUUUAACCAAAGUGAGAGGACAAUAACGUACAGAUUAAAUAUGAGCAGUAUUACACCUAGUGAUCCAUCCCAACUAUCACAAGAUAAUACUCCUGUAACUUUUAACGUCCCAUCGUCUCAUGAAAGGAAAGGACUUACGCCGCCCACGAAUCCAACCCGAACAGAAAGGAAGUCAAAAGAAGUGACUCAUCGUUAUGUAGGACAGUCAUCCCGGUUGUCGAAACCACCUCGAAACAGCAUAGGCCUGCCGUUAAAGUACUUCCUCGUCAUUAUCAUAUCAUUGGUUUUAUUAGUUCUUGGACUAGCGUGUUUGGUCUUCAAGCUUUGUAAAAGACGGUGAGCUAACCUGUUUUUUAUUUUUGUCGAUAGUCGAAAUGUGAAUCUUUGCUGUUUUUACUGUGGUGUUUUUUACUUGUAAGACUCGUGAGACAUUAGAGCAUCAGUGUUGACAACGUAUUUUCUGGCAUCCCGCUGAAUAGAGAAGUUUUCCCCUUUCUAAAAUUUACAUGCGAAAUAAAGCGUUACCUCUAUAAUUGUACAUUUCUGAUAAGAACCCUGUCAGUAUGACUGUAAAACAAAUUAUUCUUUUAACUUUAGGAAUAUUUCUUGUAUGAACUGUCUCGAUCAAAGUAGCCCUUUUAACUGGGUGACCGACAGUAGUGUGAGAAAUACCAGAGGUUCCUCUGUUCCUACAUCUCCGAUCAGCAUUUAUGGAGACAGGUAUUGGAUUAUUUACUUUUUAAAAGACCACACUUUCUCCUAGGUUCCUUCACGCAUUAUUCCAUUGUUAAACAACGUAAGGAAUUAUAAUUAUGCAUUCUGUCAAUCGCCCCAUGUCCUCCACGCUUUUACCUUCACUGAUAAUGUAAAUCACUUUCUGAGGUAUUUUAGUUUAUUGUCAGUGUUGGUAUUAACUUCUGGGGAAAGAAAACGUAGGGAUCCAAAACUGUCCUGGAUUCUAGAUUCCACUUUUUAGAUUCCGGAGGUCGUCAGGUCUGGACGUGACGCCAGGUACUGGAAUUCAGAUUCCUUGUCAGUUGAACUUGGAUUCCAGAUUCCAAUCGUUAGCGAAAUUCCGAUUCGUCCUGAGCUGUAAUCCAAGACAAUCUUGAAUUCUAAAUUCUGGAUUCCACCAUGUGGAUUAUAGAUUCCACUGGAUUACGCAUUCCUUGUCAGUGGAACUUGAAUUCCAGAUUCAUUUCAAAGCCCAGGAUUUCGGGUUCCACGAGCAAAAAUGUCUCGGAUUCAAGAAUCUGGAUUUCCUUACAUAUGCCGAUAUCAACUUGUUUUUUUUCAAUUUUUGUUUUGCACUUCAUCAUGAUAAUCAUUGUUUACAGCUUAUCCUAAAUAACUGCCAAAGGAAGUGCCUCAUUAUCAGAGUUAAAACCAACAUUAAGACUUACCUUUUCAAACAUACUUACGAGGACUAGUAUAUAGUAGUAGUAUAUAAAUUAUCAAGUAGUAGUAGCAGUAGUAGUAGUAGUAGUAGUAGUAGUAGUAGUAGUAGUAGUAGUAGUAGUAGUAGUAGUAGUAGUAGUAGUAGUAGUAGUAGUAGUAUAUAGAUUAUCUAAUCAUAUAUCUUCUGGAUGUUAUCGUUUUAAUUUUUAGGGAUCUAGUUUUUAGUACAACUAGUAGGAUUUUUAUCGUAACUUUAGUGUCAUUCAGAUCAGGCAUUCUUAUCAUUGACGUAAUUUUUUUUAUUCAUUUUUAAUUCAUAAUUAAUUCAUUCGUUAUAUUUUAUUAUCGUUCGAUGUAAGUUUUUAAUGCAUUAUUUUUCUUUUUAUGAACUCUGUAAAGCGCUUUUUAAGUUCUCGGAAACAGCGCUAUAUAAAUAAAGUUUACUAUUAUUAUUAAAAAUUUAAUACUAACCUUUUCGCACACGAAUACAACGCAGAGAAGCGGAUAAUAAAAUCUAUUUGUGCAUUUACCUUUUACAGUGAAAUGGAAGAAUUUUUCCCGCUGGGAAACAAGUUAAUCGACAAUCCCCUAUACCAUAAGAGGUACUCAUUUCGUUAUUCGCUUAUCAAUGCUAAAACUCUGAUGCAAAGUCGGACAAACUUACAGAAGGAAGAUGGCCAAUACUUUAGACUGCUAUGUGAAAUUUAAUCAGCUGACAGUGUGUGUUAACAUGAAAUUUUGUCUUUUGGUCGGAAAAUUGGAACCUUGUUCUUUUUUUCUUUCUUUCUUUUUGACUAUUAAAUUACAAUAUCAUUAUUGUAACAUUGAAUUUUAUUAGUCACUUAUGAUAAUGAUAAUGAUACUAAUAACAGUGCCAUGUGCUAUUUUAUUAUCUGCUCAAGAAGUGUGAAGAACGACUGUAACAGGCUGGACAAUAGCAAAAUGGAAGAUAGUGCAGGUCCUCUUUGUGAAAGGAGGUAAGGGCAAAGGUGGAGAACUGGGGAUAAAUUAAUAAUUACUGAUAAAAUAUUUUGUUAAGGUUAGCGUUACAUCAUAAAUGUGAACAGUGACAAAUCCAACAUUAUUUGACAGCUACGACAAACCAACUGACCCGCACGAUCUUCAAAUAUUUCGAAAAGGCUUUACUCAUUGCAUGAUAGUAAUAUUGUGAUUUAUUUUCUUCAGUGAACUGCUGAUAGAUCAUGGUCAGUUGACAACUAACAACCUUUUAUAUGAGAGGUGAGUAUAAGCCCAUAUAUGUAGCAUGUUGAUUGAAGACAAUACUGUAAUUCACACAAGUUCAUGUCAUUAAUUGAUCAUUUAUAUGUUUUAUUUUUGUAUUUCAGUUACGUCGAUGGUUCGAACGCCAAAGAGGCAAGAACAGAAAAUCCUCUUUAUGAAUAGUCAAUCGUUUCCAAAAAAUGCUGUAUCAAGAAAAGGAGAAAUAAACGUUUCCCACAAAUUGAAUAAUCCUUAAAAUUAUUUUAAAAAAGGCGAUAAUCUGAAAAGUUAGCCUCCCUUGAAACCCCUUAAAGAGCCUUUAACGUGCUACAGCGGUGCAAUCACAGUUUUGGUUUUAGGAUUUUCUGGACCUCGGUCUCCGAAACCUGCCUUGUCUUUGGUUAGGUCUCCCUGCUUUCUGUUACCGGCAGGACGCGUGUUAUCUUGGAGGUUUUAGUUGCCGGACUUAAGAGACUGGAAUGAAUACUCCAAACUGGCAUGUUGGAUACCUCGUAACCAGAAAUAAGUGAAUCGCAGGACUUCGCGAAGGAAUUCGGGGCAACGGCAAGAAGUUGAAAGGAAAAUAAGGCAAUAGGGAAGCUGAAAAUUUAUAAAUUUAAAAAACUUAAGCGAUAUAAAGAAACAAAACAAAACUGCGAUAACUAAAAGAGAGCUGAAAGAAAAGAAAAAGAAAAAAGAAGAGAAGGUAAAAAGAAAAACAGGUACUACCCGAACUCGAGGCCUUCUACGCGACGGGCCGUAUCGUUUCCACUAGGCCUCGUGAAACACGCUGGAGAAACUUCGAAAAUAUUUUAGUAAGAACUUCCGCAAGCGCGACCUGUAUAAACAUGAAUUCUAAGGUACUUUUCAGAACAACAACUGCUCAGUGUUUUGACAGUGAAAACCCAUCGUAAACGCAUUUCAUCGCAUCUAAAGAACGGAUGCCCGACUAAGCCGAUACGGUAUAAACUCGUCUGCGAGCAAAAUGUGUUUUGUUACUGAACUCGAUUUUCGAUUUUCUCGAUUUUCAUGUGCAUGAUUUUGGAGUAUCCAUUCUAGGCACAACCCUUGAUAGACGCCUCUCUCCUGAAAUAUGCUUGGCAUUCUUGCUACGAUACGCUGCGUGGAUUUGUGAAAAAAAAAAAUAACCAGGGUGAUGAUUAAGUUUGUUCUGAGGUCGAAAUGUGUCGCUUAAUAAUCCCUGCCUUGUGACCAGAACUCUCCAGCACAUUAUGCUUGUUUUCUUUCAUUAACCUCGUCCCCCGCGAGCCUCCGAUGCCCCAUGCCAUUAAUUUAAAGGUGUUUUUGGGCCCAACCUCUGUUUAACAGUGAAUGCACUGCGUUAAUUAUUGAACAGACGAAAAAUCUCCGCAAAGGUGUGCAGCAUGGAACGCAUAGAUGUAUGGUAAAAGUCAUGCAUGUGGAUAUUGACGAUAUUUAGCUAUUCGUUCUUAAAGACACAACCAAAAGCGCGCAAGCAAUCCGUACGUGAACUCUGUAGGACUGAAGGAGUAGCUAUCCACCGUAUUUUAAAAAAAACGUAAAUCGAGUACAUGAACUGUACAGUGAAAAUCUCUUUCUCCCAAUACGAACCACUUAAUGUUCCUGAGUGAAACUCGUACAGUGUGAAACUUUAUCUUACAGAGGUUUACGAAACUGCCGUAAGUAUCAUCACUAGCUUGUAAAAAUACCGGGUUGAACACUUAGAUGUUUUUACUCUAAACCUUAAUCUGACAAUCGGAUUGCAAAUAAAAAUACAAACAUGACGGACAAACAAAUGACAAAACGGCUUAGCAUGACAAGACAGGCCUGACCAAUUUGGUUGAUUCACUAAACUGUGAUGCAAUACACUUGCGAUAAAUAAAUACUUCGCUUGUAGGCUUAAUUCGCUAUGCUCGUUGGGUUUCUUUCCAGUCAGAAAAAACCCGGCUGCCGCAUAAUGUUUUACGAGUUUAAGAGUAUUUACAGUGCUACUAGAUGCUACCCGAUUUUAGCAAUGGUGAUCGUUAGCUGUUUAUCUACAGAAGGUAAGCUUCACUUCAAUGCAUAGCGUCUUCUUUUUAACUGCUUAUAAUCAGUUACACCGUAAAUACACCAUAUUGAAUCCCAUUACAAUUUCAGUUAUGAAGCUUUCAGUAGUCGACGGAUAUCUCGCCUCACUGAACAUCUAAUGUAAUAAAAUAGGCCGCUUCAUGUUUUUCUCUCCGGUUCAAUGAGAUGCGGAUUUGGCAACUGAAUAGUAAUUAUGAACUUGGCUCUUUUUAGUAAUGCGAGAUAUAGAAUAUCAUUCAUAACUACAAUGAAAAAGAGCGUUGGGGUUUUCAAAUAUCAAAGAGUUUUUAAUCGGAACAAUACUGGGACCCGUACUGGGAUGCUUGGUUGUUUUUUUCUUAUGGGUAACCGAACAGUAUUUUGGGAAACUGUCAAUAAAAUAGUUGCGCAGUUUUGAGGCAAAUGUUAAAUAGUAGAACAACUUAAACAGCAAUUGAAUCUCGAUUUACAUGGCCGAGCUCGAGGAAUUACAUUCGGAAAGAUGUCCUCAAAUACAGUGGAACCCUGUUGAUACGGUCAACAAAUUUGGCCGUAUUAACGGGGUGGCCGUAUUACCGGGGCAGGGUCAAAUUUCAGAUACACCAUACAUCCCACUCACAUUUCGUGUACAACUGUGUUCUCAUUACUGUGCUUUUCAAAAAAAGGCGAAUUCAAAAGCCGCCUUCGCAAUUGCGUUUUUCGCUGCCGUGAAUCCUAAUUACGAUCACAAGCAACGAACUUUGACACACGGAAACACACUAAACGGAGCGAAAUCCACCAAUCACAAAUCACAAACCAUCAGACCUUUUGAACCCGUUGAAGUAAACUACUGUUAUCUUAGAGGUCCGCUAAGAUGUAGACGGCAGCAAAAAACGCAAACGUCAGUUUUGGCUUUUGAACUUCAGAAUUCGUGUGAUUUUGAAAAGCGCAGUUGUAAUAAACAACAGGAAAGUAGAUAUUGCGUACCGUAUUUGUACAAACUACUUGAAACUCUCCUUGACUGACACAAAACACUCUUAAAAAUCGGUGGCAUUAGACCGCCACAAAUGCAUUGAAAGUGACCAUUGGCCUAAAAACAGUAUAAAACCAAGCUCAGCUUACUAGGUCAAUGAAAUUAACAAAUCACGGGCUUUUUUUAAAUUUUCGAAAUGUCUGACGAGAGGUCGUAUUAACGGGGUGACAUUGUAAAAGAUUAAAAUGUUUGAGAUUUUAAAACGUGGCUGUUGGCCGUAUUAACGGGUGAUGUUAACGAGGGUUUUUAUAAAAAAAUUUUUGUCUGUUUUGUCGGGCCAAAAAAAGUGGCCGUAAGGCGGGGUUCCACUACAUUAAUUUUUAUAGAAUAAAGGAUUGUAGCGUUCUGGUUAAUUUUAAAUAGGCAUUGCUUGUUUUCUAUAGUGCAGUAUACUCACCGAUGGCCCAUGCGUAAUAUAAUUUUUGCAGUCAUAUGUUGAGUUCAUCGAUAUAUCCAGUACUGGAAAUCACUUUUUAAUCUGCCUCCUAUACGUCACCAAGAUUAUUUUAUGUAAGUGUCACGGCAGAUUGUCCGUUAGUCCGGUUCUUCAAAGUAUAACUUAACAGUCAAAUAUCAGUCAGCUGAACUGCGGCCGUAUGCCCCUUGUAUUAAGGCCAGAUAAUUCCGGAAUCUGUAAAAAAAUUUUUGGCUUGUGUUAAUAUCAGGUAUGUUCGUGCUAAAACGUUUCUCUGUUUAGGCUUCAGCCAUGCAGUGCAAUGGCCGUCAGGAAAAUAUGGUCUCCCCAUGUCUACAUCAGGCUGCCCUAAAGCCGAUGGUUUCUCAUGGGACACAGGAUACAUUUAUCAGGACCUAGAAGUCAACACGACAACUUCUCCAAGUUUUCACCUCCAAGCUAAAGUCAUGAGUUCAGGUGACGUCUUAAGGAACUUUUGUGUGAAAACCAACAAGUCUAGUGAUUUAGGAAGACCAGUGUGGCCUUAUGGUAACUACUGUAUGUACAUGAAAGGCAACAGCUGCCCUUUUGGCCUAUCUGAGGGAUGGGUGCUGUGGGACGACGACAAUGGCAUAACUGGAAACAAUCUGAAUCAUCAGGGAGGCACUUUUCCAAAAGGAAAAUUUGGUCAAGAUACAAAAAUAUUCUUUUGCUGCCAAGAUUAUGGGUCCGUUAAUAACCCCAUAGAGCUACCCAUAGACACGCCUUUCUAUCUGAUUGCGUAUAACGGCAAGCGGUGUCAGGAAGUUCUCAAGACUAUACACACCAUUGAGUUUAUAGUUUAUGACACGGAGGAUGAUAUCAAUCAUAACUCACAGGCAUGGCCGUAUCCCUUUGGCGCCGAUCGUUACCAGCCUUAUAUUUACUAUUGCUACUACACAGGUAAGGAAUUCAAAGAGGCAUUCAUGGCCUUAUAACCGUCAGUUUCAAGAGAUUUCCCCAAGUUUUUCAUUAUUAAUUAAUCCAAUAUGAUUUCAAGGCUAACUCUAUGGUUUUGCCCACACCUGAAGAAAUUUUGGUGAGGCGAAUAUUUUUAUAUUAGGAGUACAUCUAGUUUUCCCCAGUACAUAUAUCGGAGGAGAUAACGAGCAAAACCAAAGGAGACAAUUCUAACGUUGUAUGGCUUCCCGUAUUUCGUUGACUGUUUUACAUUCGCUUUUCACUUAUAAUAACUAGAGAAUGGAAUUUAUCAUUCUGGAUCGUUCCUUCCCAUCAUGAAAGUGGUGAUGAUAAUAAUAUUACACUGAAUUAUCAUCAUCAUCAUCAUAGUAAUAGUAAUAGUAAUAAUAAUAAUGAUAAUAAUACUAAUAAUAAUAGCAAAAGAUGAUGAUAAUGAUGAUAAUGAUUGUUAGUUGAAAAUUAUACCAUGGCGAUAUCGAAACAUUGUCUUGAAAAUUUUCCUAUUUCUUGUAAAAUUAUAAUUAUUAUCAAAUGAAAUAACCCCAUUGUUGCAUACGCUACAAAAAGUACAUUGAAUACUUUUUCUUUUCAGCGUGUAGAUGGACAAUAACAGCCUUAAGCGGUACAUUCUCAAGUCCUAACUAUCCGCUUCGAUACAAAAACAACGCAUGGUGCGAAUGGUUGAUUAAAGUCCCACUGAACUAUAACAUUUCAUUGAAAUUUGAUGAUUUCUAUCUAGAGACGGCUAGCUCUUGCAUGACUGCAAGUUGUGACUGUGACUUUGUGGAAGUUCGCGAGACUUUUAAAAACGGAACGUCAGUUCUUAUUGGUAAAUACUGCAUGGGGAUAUUUUACCCCUACGGUAACAUCACUUCCCAAGGGAAUAGUUUGAUGAUUGUAUUCCGUUCAGAUAAGACUGUAACAGCUAAGGGAUUUAAAGCCAGUUAUCAAGUCAUUCCGCAUAUCACUGGUAAGUUUCGAUAAAAAUUGUAAUCCGUUCAGAGUAAAAAAAACUUAUCUUUUAUUACAAAAGGAAAAAAAUUCCGCUGCUGAUUGCUGAUUUCUGAUUGAUUGCCGGUUAAGGUUUUAUAUUCACUAAUAUCGAUUACAAACGCUUGUUGUCUUAUCGAGUGGCUAUGCGACGUUUUUACGAAAUUGGCAGUGGUCAGGGCAAAUAAACAAACGGCAUGAAUUUCUUUAUACGAACUGGUGUGACCUCACUCUACCUUAGCCACUUCUUUUUGUUUGUUUGUUUUGUUGCUGUUGUUGUUGUUCAGUUGUUUUUUUCUCCUCUGGGCUUUUGCGCCAGUCAAGUUUUAUUGAUAUUUUUUCGAUUGAGUUACAAAAAUCAACUAGGACUAGAUUUCUAUGAUCUUCGCCCAAAAUUGGUAUCACAUUGCACCCCUAUCUUUAAAGGCCACCUACUUCUUUUCUGAAGGAGGUCAUUGGAGAGAGGUUCAACUGUAAAGAAUUAUUAGUCUUAUGAGGCAGCAAAAGAUUAAGUUACUUUCAAUUAUAUCGUUUUACAGCACCUACCACCUUUAGCAGCACUGCAAGUACAUCAACGGGAACCAACAGCCCCAAUAGCCACACCUCCGCCAUUUUGUCCAGCACUACUGGUAUCAAAUGGACGAAAACUACACUGCCAAGCAACAAAACAACAAGGACAUGCAUCCGAAAGCGGGAAAUACUCGACCAGAGCAACAAUGCCUUUCAGCAAACAAAGCACGAGUAAGUGAGUUUGUAAAGCCUUCAUUUUCUCGUGAGCCAACUUCCUUUAUAAAAUAACACCUUAGAAGCUAUGAUAUUGCUGCGAUUUGAUGUCGGAUUGCGUACGAAGAGAGAACAAAGAAACAAAUAUCGUACUGAAAAAUUUGAUAAACUUUCAAUUUCUUUGUUAAAAUUUUCCAAAUGUUCUGUUACAGGGAAAUACUGAUUACUCAUUUAAUAGGCAGGAGUCCAAUCAUGCCACCUUUUUUUUAAAUCUCCCAACAGCUAUACUAAAUUGGAGUCUUUUCUGCAGACAUGGUAUUUGACAGUUAUCUUACUUCAAUUGCAUUCAAUAGGACCAAAACAUAAGGAAGACAAAAACAUGAAAAAAGUGAAGAUGAAAUGUUUAAUCAUGAUUAUACCCGCCAUUUGAAUUGUGGGAAGGGACCAUCGACUAUGGUUUGAAAGGUUUUUCAUGUGAAGAGCGAUCGAGAGAUAACGAAAAAGAAAACAAUCAAGAAUAUAGAAUGUGAAAAUCAUUUACUAGACCUGCGGGACGAAGAAAUAGUUAAUAGUUAAUCAUGGGUGUGGCUGUGUCACGAUCAGGAAACGAUAUUAAGUAAUUCAACUUUCCAUACCAUUGAAAGUAUUUGUCUUGUUAUUUUACGCCGGAUUUAUACUUCUUGCGUAGUCAGUGCCACGUCGUUAGCUUCCUCUUCCACGACUGAUGAACAGACAACAGCAAUCAUGAAUAGUGAGCCUUCCAAGGAAUCCCCCAAAACGAAUGAAGCAACCUCGGCGGAAACGUUUAAACCAACAGACAGUGUGACGGAGCCAGGUGGUGAUCACUCUAGUAAGGAUAAUUCAGGCACAAAAAAUGUCCUCAUCAUUGCUGCUGUUACAGCCUCCUUGAUUGCAGUCGCCAUUUCAGUGACGGUUUUAGUUGUUUUUCUCUGUAGGAAAAGGUAAAAAAAAAAUUACUUGAAAGUUUCAAUUUUUUUUAGCGUUACUAAUAAAUGAUCACCGUGCCUUUGUUUUUAAAAGACGAAGGAUUAGUUUUGACUUUUUUAUGGAGCCGCAUCAUUUUUAUCGUAGCCAUUUUUAGUUUAUUAUAAGUUAUUGUGUCAAAGUUUUAAUCUAUAUUUUUUUAUCAAUAUGUACCUUUCUAUAAAUAUAUUCCAUUGGUUAGUUGGUUAUACACUAUUUGGUUAUACACCUAGGAGACUGAAAGGAAGUGAUGUGGACCAAGCUAGACUGACAGUUAACUUUACAGCUGCAGAAAAAAGUAACGGGAUCCCAGAUAUUAUCCCAUCGAGUAUGUACGCUGGAAGGUAAGAAUUAUGCGGUAAAUUUUUGUAUUACGUCUAUUUUUCGAAUGUUUUAUUGCAGCUGAUGACCCACAGGCAACGACUGGACAUGACUUUAUUCAUCAAUAGACAAUCGUUCAAAGUUUUGAAAGCGUUUUCCUUUUAUAUUGAAACAAAUCUUUCCUUUUCAGCGCUCCCAGUGAACGAAUCGAUGAUGAGCGCUACGUUGAACUGCAAGACGUGAAUAUGCUGUUGCGUGUAAGCAGGUAGGGUUGAAAAAAUAAAUAUAACAUUUACGAAACCUGCCCUUGCAACUUUGGGUUCAUGGAACUACAUUAUAAACCUGGCGUGCAUGGGCAACUUUUUUUUAUAUAUCUUAGUUUAUACCACUGUUCAGUAAGAGCAGAGGCGGGUAUUCUUGCGGAUAAGUUCGUAGGCCCCCUUUCAAAGCAGUUUUGUAACAUACUGAGUAUACCUACAUUUUUUUAAAUAAGGGUUUAUAUCGAUCCUUAUUUCAUUUUAUUUAAUCCCACAUAUUAAUUAUAUCUUUCCCAUGUCUUAUUGAAUAUUAUUUUUAGGAGAAUUAUCGUAGUUGUGCAGUGUAUUGUACAUGUGCACGUAAUUUAGUUCACUUUUAUUUUUUUAUCACACGACUCCAAAAGGUUGUUAUUUUGCUUUCAAAAUUUUUUUGAAGUGUUUAAAUUAAGGAUAUCCAGACGAUGAUGAUGACGAAAGCAUAUAAAUUUAUCUUUUGUUUCUACGUAUUAUAAGUUUUAUCCCAGUUUCAGGUGUGAAAAAGAAAAUAAUAUUUCGUAUCGUGCAUUAAGUUCAGAGCAUGGAAGCCAUUUUCAUGCAUCAAGUGUGAGUCUAUGAUCUGGGCUAAGAGAAGAAUACAAGGAGAUUCAUUGAAAGUUAGUUAGCUAUGUUAGGAACUUCAUGACGUACAAAGUAUUUACCAUGACACCAUCUCACAUGACCUACCCUGGGUUCCAGAGACUUUUCUAGCGCGGUUUCCGGUUUCUGUCAAGUCUUUCGCCGCUCGUGGCUUCGGCCUACGGCCGAAGAGGUGUCGGCCUUCGGCCAACACCGAAAAUUCCCGCCGCACGCGAGAAAAACCUCUGGUACCCAGGGUACACAUGACCAUUCAUAAUGGCCAAAAUUUUACGAAAUUAACUUUUACUUUUAUUUUUCAGCAUCGAGACAAUUCAAGAUAAUAACAAUGUUUUGUAUGAAAGGUAAGAAACAGUUUCAGUCGGUUCUUUUGACAUUUCUUACAUAUUUUUUGUUCUAAUUGAAGCACACCCUCUUUGAUCUGUUACUGCUCACAGUUGAAGCAGUUGAUCUUGACAUUUUUUUUGUUCCCCCCUCCCCCACUUCUGAGGUUUUUAUGAGUGUUUUUUUUCCUGGACGAUAAAACAUCAGCACCUGACGAUUUCAGUAGCUUUUCGCUUAUCCUUCACCCACAUUUUGAGACAAGUUUAGUGAUGGACAGUCACUAUGGUUACGACAUAUGACGUCAUAAGUAUCAGGUGGUCAAGUCAUUUUUGAGUGAAAAUGCCUGUUUUUUCAACUUCUUUCAACAAUGAAGGUAAAGCUUGUGGAUGAAAUGAAGCAUAGUGCUUAUUUAUGUGUUAUUUUACGUGUUAAGCACAAAAAAUUAUCAUUUCUCGCGGUUUUACCCUUUUUUCUAAUUCAGUUCAAAGAUGGCGACCAUUCUUUGGUGACGUCGCAGGCCUCCAACAGCGCCCCAACCCAUAAAAUAUACACCUCAUUUUGUUGAGAAGAUCAAAGGCUUUCCACUGAAGGCAAAAUGGUUUCGAGAUACUGCAACAUAUCAAAAAGUCUAGGGAGGGGUUCCAUCAGCCCCCUCUUGUUCUACGGUGGGGAAUUAAUUCGCGUGUACGUCCAAGGGUUAAGACACCUUUUGGCAGUAAGACAUGAUAUUUGUCUUUUAGCGAGUCCCUCGCUCCAACAAGCACCCUGGCCAAUGCUCCACCUUAUGUCUAAUGCUUUUAAUGUGCAAUGUUUUCAGCAUGGACGACUUUGCAAAUUGUAUACCUGAGAGCGCUGAAUCUGAUAAUCCUGUAUACGAGGGGUAGGUUAAUUUUGUAUCUCCAUGACUAAUUGUUAUUAAUAUUUCCUUAUGUUCUCAACCGAUCACUUUAAAAAUCCCAUUAUGGCUUAACGCUAUACAACUAUAUUUUAUUUGAUAUAGAAAGAUCAGUUAUACAUUAAACAUCUAAAUAAAGUCGUACAUAUUUCAGCACUUCACUCAUAAGUGUAAUGUUUUUAGUAUUUUGGCAACACGUACGAGUACUCAUCACAAGCUCUUCACUUCUGUUUUUUUCUAGCAUGGUUUAGCCAAGAAGAGAAAGUACUACCGUAUGGGAUCAGAUGUUUGUUAUGAUGAUUUGAGCAAUGAGGCCAAAAAAAAAACUUAAAUUUAUAUAAUUUAUUCGUUGUAUAGUACUUACAAUAAUACUUUUGUAGACGCUUAAUCUCGGCGUGGCAAGAGUUUCAGCGUGAGUUCGUCGACUCUAGUUCAAAUUUUGCACAAUAUUACUCGAUCAGAAACGCUUGCUACGCAGACUAGUGGACAGUAGAACGGAAAAGAAUCUGUACAAAUUAAUUAUUUUAAUGGAUAGAGGAAUCAGAGAGAGAGGUGCUCGAAAGGGAGGGGACGGGGAUUUCGGCUGCGGGGCGAGGGAAGGGAACACCAUCCCCCUCGCUCAUUCUUCUUCAGGCACCCACCAGCUAAAGGGCAUAAGAAAAGGGUCUAACUCCCACAAGAGAGGCUUGGAAACCUACCACCAACAGGAUAGUCGCCUUAGUUUGGCACACCAAUAUCCUGAAUUCAUGCAAAAUGGUAACCUGAAAUGUCAAUUAUAAAAGAACAAGAAGUAGAGCUAUGCAGUCUUGCGUGAUUUGUGUUUCCGCCAACUUUACAGUCUGAGUGGACUGAUUCGAAAUUGCUCCCCAUCGCGCUUUUUUGCUUUUUGCAAAUCCUUUUUAUGGCAAGGCAGAACAAUUUAUAAUCAGUUCUCAGUUGGCCAAGAGGUUCGACUUUCACGAAAUUUGAAGGCCUCUAAAAAUAGACUCGAAAUAGACCCUUCUACGCUUGUUUUCAACUCUUGAUAAAGAGCACUGCUGGAAUUGAUAUCCAUUUGCGGGCUUGUUUCUGUCACGUUCUAUGCCUACACGGUGGUCUGCCUCUCUGACGAAGGAUAUCAGGGAGGGGAGAUCCAGGAUUUUUCUUAGGACGGGGUGCACCACUAAGAAAUGGCGUAACUGACUGGUGACGUAAACAAAUUUUAAUACAGAAUACCAGUUGUAUUAAAAAGCCGCAGGGCAUCUCGGGUGGGAGGGAUGAGCAACCCCUGCACCCCCCUGGAUCCGCCCCUGGAUAUACAGCUGUCAUGGAACAAAGGAUUUUCCCAUGCACGAGGGUGGCAGGUCUCCCAUAUAAAAGUGACGGAGAUGCUUGUAGUCUGGCCAUAAAAUAGCUAUUGUAGACUCCCUCGCAGCCGUUUUUUGGGGGGAACGUUGCGUGACUUCCCCCCCCCCCCCCAAAAAAAAGGUUCUGUGGGCAAAUGACCCUUUCUUCAUUUGCAUGAAAUACACUGUUCACGUCCAAACGCUGAUUGAUAGGAAAAUUACUCCUGACAGGUGUGAAAAGUUACCUACAUCACAUUCAUAACUGAAUUAGGAAGUGUGAAGUAUUAUGCAAUUUCUAGCACUUCUACAAAAUAUAUGCUAAUUAAAUCGUCCAUGUACCGAAAUAUCAAUGUGGAAGCGACUAAAAUCGUCGAUAUAAUGCAAAGAGAGAACAUUAUUGGUUAUAAUGUCCUAUAAUGCUGUUAGCCAAAGUAAUUAUUAUCUAUUAACGGCUGGGCGGGAGUCCGGGCUACUCUGGCCAAUAAAAUGAGAUUCAUAUGACCGGGACAUAUGACCCCUGUAUGACCCUUGUUGGAGUGAAUGAAUACUCUGUCAUUGUAUCCAAGUUUCGUUUUGAAUUGACCCCAACUCUGCUAAGCGAACUGCGAGGACAUUCAAAAUCGAUCUGAAUGUUUUAUACCGGUCUUCUUUAUUUACGAACGGAAGUAAAUCUAACAAUUGCCGCAGCAUGCUUGGAUUUGUGAUUUUCUGCUGUUUAACUACGCGAGGUAGGUGCCGCCUUUACAUGAAACAUCGUCUAUCUUGUUUGGGUUUGGGUUAAAAUGCAGCAAUAUCAGCCAAGGGCUCCUUAACCUUAAAAAUAGGCCAUUAAUUCAUUCAACAAUCAUAGUUUGACUAAUUGAGUACGUGUGCGGGUAAAGUACUCACUCUGCCUCUGGGUCUCGACAUGAAAAAAUUAAAAUACGCAAGGUUUGAAUUGGGUGUAUUCGUUAUCACUCGUCUCGUAAGAACAGCUGUUCACGUCUGAAAAGUUAUAUUUUGAGACAGUGUACGAAACGCUAGAGAAGCAUACCUCAUCGAGAGAGGAAAAACUCUUGAACCAUUAGGUAUGAAUAAGAAAGAUGAAAUGUAGUACAUUCUUUAUUUCCUUUGUUUGUGAUCAUUUAUUUAUACUACUAUUUUUACAUUUCAAAUUUCUGUCGUAUCACUACUUCAACGGUUUUUGUUUUCACUUUUUUCUCAUUAAAACUUCACGUGUUAUUAUAGUAUCAUAUUGCACGCUAUUCUUUAUUUCAAAUUGUAACGUCUUAGCGUUAAGAACUUCGUCUAGCCUGCCAAAACAUUCGUUUCUCCUCGCCCUUCGCCGCCGAGGACGUUUCGCGAGUGUCUAGAUUUUGGUCUGAAAUGAGGUUUCAAAACCCCGGGGGUUGGGCUACUCCCCUAUACAGUGGAUUCUCGAUUUUUCGAACCUCCUUGGGAAAAGAAAAUAUGUUCGAGGUUAGAAAAAACCAGGGUAAAAUUACAGCUCUUGACUUGUGAAAGGAAGUUUGAUAGGUUGGCUCGAAUUCGCUCACCGGAAACAGGAAACAAAAGAAUGAAUGUCGAAAGUGGCGGCGGUCACUUCAGAAAUUUUGAGUACUUGUCGCUCGCGAGAGAGUUUUUGACGACAAGGUCGCUUACGGGAGGUGGUAAUUUACGAGUAGAGCUAAUUAAACUUUACAGAAGCAUGUGACGUCCCAGAGGGUAUGGAUUUUGAGCCAUUUUGGUUUCUUACUUCUUGCCUUGCGGACAUCCCGAUUAUACUGACAGCAGCUAAAUCCCCUCCAAAAAUAUCUUACAGAUGUGUUACUGAAAUAAACUCUCGCUAUUACGGACUCUCGCUGAAGAGGACACUAACUCAAGCUCCCUACAGUGUUCGCUAUAAAGGGAGUUGACUGUAAAUGGAAAUAGGUCGAAUUUAGGGACGGCCGCCAUUAGAAAACUUAUCGGGGAGGGGGUGCAAAGUACCAAAAAAAAUAUUGAUGCAAGAGAAAAAGUUCAUACUAGGAAAAUGUUCGCGAAAAAAAAAUUCAAGCGGCUCGAAAGUCCCUCCCCCCGCACCCCGUAACUAUUCUAUUGGCAAUGGUGUCCGUCCCUUGGAGAAAAGGUAUGAAAAUAAGGUGAAAUAGUACGUAAUAAUAUUAAACGGACGGACCAUUAGAAAACUUAUCGGGGGGGCGGACGAAGUACCAAAAAAAUAUUCGCGCAAGGGAAAAUUAAAUGAAAAAAAUUCUUGCACGUCAAUUGAUCAUGAAAAAUAGUCAUGCCAUGGCCUAAAAAAAAUUCAUACAAGGAAUUUGACAAGGAAAAAAAAUUCCUGCGGCUCGAAAAUUCCCUCCCCCCCCCCAUAACUUUUCUAAUAGUCCGUCCCUAUGGUGUUCGUAUGUAGUGGGGUUUGACUGAAUGGUGUGAAACCGUGUGUGUUUUAAGGGAACGAUGAAAGAGUGUAAAAAAAAUUUGUCUUUCCAGUUCGGCUAAAUAAAUACCGUAUUUAUUCGAAUAACCGCCCAACCUCGAAUUAGCGCCCACUUCUAAUAAGCGCCCAUCCUAAAGGCAGAAAAAGUUAAUUAGCGCCCAGCCUCGAAUAAGCGCCCACCCUCUCCUCUUCCCAAUCAAACUCAAAUAAGCGCUCACCCCCACCCCACCCACUUGAGUGAAUAAAUUCUAAUAAGAGACUUCCCCGAGGACGGAGUUUUCUUCAGAGUAUUUUACAGAAACCUUGCUUUGUUAGGGACGGACCAUUAGUUAGAGUGAUGGGGGGCGGGGGGUGGGGAAUUUUCAGCUUGCACGAAUUUUUUUUUCAGGUGAAACCCUCUGCACGAAUUUUUUUUUCAGACAAAUAUUGCUUUUUUUUAACAGUGAAAUCUUGACUCAUUAUCUAUGUUUUUGUGCUUUAUAAAUUAUUCUACACUCACAACAGAUCAAAGGAUACAGGCCACUUUGAUGCAAAAUCUUUUCGAAAAUGUACACACAGUGAAAGAGGAGGAAGCCACUUGGAGUGGACGGCUAAGAUUUAUAUUUUUAUUAUAAAUUUUAUAUGUUGAAAAGUUUAAUAUUGAAACUGUUUAUGGAUAAUUAAAUGUAUUUAUGAUAUUUAUUAUAAUACAGGAUACACUGUAUGUUGCAGGUAGACUGACUGCCUAUGAAAACCAUACUUUGUGGUUCUUAAUUUUUGUUAAAAGUACCGGUGGCAGUGUUGCUGUUUCUGUCGUUGACAGUUAAAGUUUUAACACUUACUACUAGGUGUGAAUGCACUUUUGCGUUGUAUUAUAGAAUUCUUAUUCAAGGCGGUAAGACCCUUCCUCUAAUUUUUAUUGUGGGCACAAAUAACGUUAUAGAAUGUUUACAAAGCUACCAAAUUCUCUUAUUUAUUACAAAUUUUAUUUUAUUAUUCUUAUUAUAAUACCGUAUACAGUGUAUGUUGUAGGUACACUAGCUGCAAUUUAAAACAAAAACAAGGUUCUAAUUGUCUCCUUUAAAUAAGAAGAAAGUGAUUUUUGUUUAUUCAUAUUGUGCCUGGUAAUAUUGUUGAUUUCUGAAACUCAGACUUUCUGAAAGAAACUCAGAUUUUCUGAAAAAGUCACAAUUGGACCUUCCUUCUGCGUGAAUUUUUUUUCUUUACCUUCUUCUUUGUAUGAAUUUUUUUUCUUGGCAGUUUCCCUCGCAAGAUUUUUUUUUUUUUUUUUUCCCCCCCACCAUCACUUUUCUAAUGGUCCGUCCCCUACUUCUUCGCGUUUUGUUAUUAGCAUUUAUUGUUUUGUUGCAAAAUGAACAUACUUCACUUGUUGAAAAUAGUGAAAAUUUAAUAAGCGCCCAGCCUCGAAUAAGCGCCCACUCUCAAGGUCCAAAAAUUUAAUAAGCACCCAGGGCGGUUAAUUGAAUAAAUACGGUAAGAACGCUCCGUGUCAAAUACUACUAAAAUAUAAGAAAUACCAUACUUCUUUUGAAGAAGGUAAUGGGUCGGCAAAUACAUUUCUCAGAAGCCAGGUCCGAAAACGGGUUAUUGUUUGGCUAGUCUGCGUGGCAUGGGUCGAAAGGGGUAGAGGAUAGUGAGUAAGGGGAAAAGGGAGGGGGAUUGGGGAGAGAGGGGAGGUUAUUUCUCUCAAAGCUACUGAGUCUCUGAGUCUGACCAGUGCCUCAAUUGGCUUGAGAGAGACGAAAACUUAAAAACGAAGCUGGUCUACUUAUACUAAGUUUAUUUCGCAACAGCUCUCCACCAAUUUUUUGGACGAGUGUGAUCUUUUUAUCUGUGAUAAGAAAACUUACAGUCAAUCUGGGCUGAGUUGCUCAAAGCAUGGUUAGCUUUAACCAUUGGUUAAGCAGUAUCAAGACCAAUACGUUGUCAAGGUAUUAAACGCUGGUUAACGCUAGCCAUGCUUCGAGCAACUGGGCCCAGGUCGCGUAUGAGAGUCGGAAGUCUUUUCAAGCAGUGACCAAGUACUAAUUUGGAGAAAAUUUGGUGCAGUUCCAGUUCCUUGUUUAGUUUACUUUAAGGAGAGUAAUGCAUAGCCCACUGUUUUUUCACGCCAAAUGAAGUCUACAAGGAAGGUUUGAAUCAUAUUGAUGACGUUUCACUGCCCAGAUCUGGGUAGUGCUUUUGAUUGGUCGUGCGGCGAGGAAACUUUUUGCUUCAACCAAUUAAAUGCACUACCCAGAUCUUAGUCGGUGGCACGUUACCACGAGUAUGCAGUUUCUGCAGUCUUUCCUGGCCGUCAUUUCGCGGAAAAACCAGUUGUGGCGUUGCCAAUUACCGGCUGUUUCUUUCGGCAUAUAUUGCAUAUACCGAACAAAGAUAUUAGACCCAAAGUCAAAAGGUCUCUUACAAGAGGUUGAAAUCAAUGGGUAAUCAGUAUUAAUCGUCAACUCAAAAAGCGGUCGCGGGCUUCAGAAACGGUCAGCAGGUGUUGGUUAGCCUAUUGACCUUAUAAGAUCUGGAAGUCCAGAUAGAUUAACAGACCCUUCCACGGUUUUUUUUAACUUUUGACUUGGAUAAGUCAGGGAAAAUCCGUCAACUCCACUAGAAAAAAGCGUCUUAUAAAUCGGCAAGAUUGCGAAGUUUGAAAGUGAUUUGUUGAAACCUAACAAAGACGUAGCUCCUCAAAGUCGCGAAAUUUUAGAGACGUUUGUAUGGUGGGGGGGGGAGGGGGGGCACACACUUGCCCCACGUCACCAUACAAACGUCUGUAAAUAGAAGGUGCUUUGGUGCUUUCCCCAGUGGUGCUGACUGAUCCAUGUCAAAGGUUGAAAAAACCGUGGAAGGGUCAGGCUUCACCUUUGCUAAGCAAAGGCAUUUUUCUUCAGGUCUUUAUAAAUUUUUACUUCUAUUAUGUAAAUCUUCCAAAUAAGAAUGAAAACAAAAGUCAACUUGACAGUAAUCGAAUAUAUUGUUCAUUAUUUUUGGCACGCAGUUUUUUCCAGUUCUGCACUAUGGCCUCCAGGAGAGUAUGGGUUACCAAUGCCAAAGUCAGGAUGUCCAGGCGCGAAUGACUUUACCUGGACUACAGGUUACAUUAUCCAGGAUUUGCAAGAUGGAUCAAGCAGCAAAACAAAUAUCUCCUCCCACUCAAAUCUUCAAGCAAUAGUGACAAACGACGUGCAGCAGUACUUUUGUAUUAAGUCAAACCAGACAACAGUUAGCGAUGCUAAAAGGAAACCAUGGCCUGCGGGCGAGUAUUGCAUCUAUCAGAAAGGGAAGAGCUGUCCCGCGGGUAUGUCGAGCGGUUCAGUGUUUUGGGAUGACGAAAAUGCUAACGGCAACAACAAAAAUGCCAAAAACGGUUCGCUUCCGGAAGGCGUCUUUAACGAGGAUACUAAAAUAUUCUUUUGCUGCCAGACCAAUGGUGUGCACAGUACGCCUAUUAAGUUACCAGUCAAGAAACCAUUUUACCUCAUAGCGGUCGGACCAUACUGUCAAUUAGUACUCAACACAGUUUAUACACUGGAAUACAUAGAGUACGAUACUGAGGAUGAUAACAAUCAUGACAAAGUAACAUCUCCUCAUCCUUUCGGAGCUAACUUGGUUCAUCCAAGAAUAUACUACUGCUACUAUCAA